AUGUCUGCCCAGUCCUCCUCCAGCUCGCGGCUCAAGAAAGUUCGCUGCAAGAAGUGGGACAUGGUUCACAUCCCCUCCAUCGACGAUCUGGAGGCCAUGACGGAGCGUGAAAUUCAAAGCACGCCGCUGCCCCGCGGCUUCUGCGUUCGCUUUUUGUGCCAUGACAUGGUGCACCUCUUCACCGUGGCUUCAAUCCAGGUGAGAGUUACUCGCGGUGCCCUCGAUUACCUGCACGACUACAACCAACUCGGCCCAAACAAGAGCCGAAACAAGCUGUUUCUCUGCUCUCAGUACAACAAGACAAAGGAGUGCGUGAACGGUUCCCUGUGCCGUGAGUUGCACUGUGUCCUCAACGUUGAGGACGCUCAGGAUGCGCUCCGGCACCUGGUGCCAAGCAACGCCACUGGCGCGCCCAAUAUCGUCACGCUGGCGCCCGCGGAAGAGAUUAUCGCGAAAAGGCUCAACGAGCCCUUUGCAGCUGGAACUGCCGCACCGGCCUUUAGCAAUAUGGAAAACUCUAACCCUCUGGACUCCAUCCUCGGCGGCAGCAGCGCCGCGGACGGGACUGCGAGCAUAUACAUGCCCGAUCAGCUCAUUCUCCGCCACUCCCUGCACACACGGUGGACUUCCUCCAAUACGUAUCUCACUCUUCCCUCUGGUGUCGAGUUCCGAGUAGCACUGCCGAACACGCCGACCCCUGUGGAGGCCUACGAUAGCGGUCUGCUGUUUGUCACCCGCGGGGCGCAAGAGUACUUCAGCCUGUGCAUGCGCAACGAGCAGCCGACGGUGACAAUGCAGCACUGCGCACAUUACUCGAAGAACGGCAUUUGCUGUUUCGGCGAGCACUGUCAGUUCGUUCACGUUGUGCACUACAAGGCCCGCGAUCGCACCGACAACUCCAUCUCCGACCCGGAUGCAGUGUCCAUGGGUAGCUCCACCACAAACUGCGAGUCCAGCAGGCGUCAUAGCGUGCGUCGCGUCAGCGCCCUCACCCGUACGACUCCUCUCAACACGGCCGCCACUGGCAGAAAGAAGGUCGAUUCGCUGAUCUCCUCGCGCUCUGCGAGUUCGAACCGCGACACAUCCACUCCUCACCAAAAGGCGAUGCAGAUGCCAAGCAGCAGUGGCCUUAGCACACCCGGCAACCACGUGUUCGUCCCACCCACCAACGCCUGGCACACGAUGGGGGCGACACCGAGCUGCGCCGCUGCGCUGCGGCUGCCACCUCCGCCACCGGCACAGCACUUCCCGCCGGACUCAAUCAUGAUUCCGACGAUGCCGCCACAGCCUUCGCCACUGAUGGGCCAAACGUACAUGGUGAUGCAAGACCUCAACGGCCAGUGCUAUAUUGUACCGCACUCGGCACCAUCGAUCCCGCAAGCGGGACAGCCCGGACCAAGUCAGCCCCUGUACGUGAUGUCGAUGCCUUUCCACUAG